UCAUUUUACUUUGCCAGAUCAACAAAACAUUUGAUUCGUGUACACUCCUACUGUUUGCUUGAGCCCAGGCCAUUUGAACCUGCCUUUGUUCCGAGGCGGAUAUGAUUCCUAUUUCGUUUCCACCUGUCCUCAUUCCUAGCAGUGAGCAACGAGGUUAUUACACCCUCUUGUCAAUGCUGCAGAUCCGCGCGAUCACCGAGAAGGCCUUGGGUGUAAUAGACAACGAGGCAGACUAUGCAACACUCUGCGACGAGAUACUUGACGAUGCAGGCUCUAGGGAAACGGAAGACGCCUGUGGAGAAACGGCGGACGCCUCUGGAGGAACGGCAGACGCCUCUGGGGGAACGGCAGAUGCCUCUGGAGGAACGGCAGACGCCUCUGGUGGAACGGCAGGUGGCGCUGACGAAAGGCAAGAAUUCACCAACCUUCAAGACAAAUUUGCGAUGCAGAAAGUCGAGUUUCAUACGGAAUUGACGAUCAGGGACCUUUUCGAGAGAUCCGCACGGGUGACGCAACUCCUGAAGGAAUGGCGGAUUUUUGCCAUUCAGAAGCAUCAGGGGCGCCUCCGGUCAGCCAGAAUAACCGAGGAAAGAGGGAGAGUCCUUCUCCACUACCUCAGAAACCGUCGCCAUCCUUUGAACUCCAGCGCCCUCAUGCACAAGGACGUGGUGGCUUGCCUGGACCCUGUCACCAUCGUGGCCUUCUUGGACCUGCAGUGGCUUAGCGGCUGUCCGUAUCGGGUCCACUUCCGCUUGAAUCUCAGGAUGGGCGCGGGGAAGCAGUUCGCCUUGCUCUGCAGGGGCGAGAGAGGGCCGUGCUAUGCGAACACGUCCCUCAUUCUCAAUACUGCGAAAGAGGAGGAGGUGGGGGAGAGCGCGAACGAAGGCGAUUGCGACAGCAGCCGAGAGUGUCCCAUCGCGCAUCGACUGUCUUUCUGGGGGAAGAACACGUGGCAACUCUGGAAGACGGUCGUGCAAGAUGCUUGGGUCGUGCUCGUUGCCAUGGACCGGGUGCAACUGGGGAUCGCACAUAAGGGAUUCUUAUCAAACCAAAGGUUCAAAACGUUCGGUGAAGUGGAGAGUGGAUUGGAAACUCUCAUGUUAGUGAAUGAUGUGCCCGAUGAUACCACUGUCACGAUAGUAAACUGUGGUAUUGUGCUGCCGAUGUAGGCAGGCGAAGAAUUCAGUGUCCCUUAUCUUCAAGUUAUUAACGGAUCUCAAAGCCAUGUCUUCUCACGACCUAGGACUAGGAGAGAGUUCCAUAGCCUGGAAUAGAAUCGCUAUCUAUAAUUUCUGGCCCGGUGUGAGGUAAAACUAUAUAGCUUUUCUAUGUAACAGUCAUUAUAGUGUUGAUAAUGUAGAUUUUCUCAUGUAGAUCUGUAUUUAGAUCGUCAAUUUGAUGGCCAUAUUAUAUAUGUAUAAAUGGUUAUAUUCUGAUGGAACAAUGCAGUAUUUCCUUUAAUUACAAAUUAUUUGUGAAGGAUCUGAUAAAUAUGAAAUAAUGAAGUAUUAAUCUGGUAAAUAUGGGGACGCGGUGGCCGAAUGGUUAGAGCGUCGGACUCAAGACUGUCACGACAGUAAUCUGAGUUCGAGGGUUCGAGUCACCGGCC